UAGUUUUACAUUAUGUGCGUAAUUAUUUAUUUUACUAAUUAUUUAGUUAGGUACUGACUAGUCCAGAUAUCACUAAAACCGUAAUAAUACAUUGUAUAGUAUGCAGUAAAAUAGAUAUUAGCUGCCUGGCUGGCUCAGGGGUGGUAUAAUUUGCUUGCUAACAUGCGAAGGAACGACAGCUUCACCGGGUUCACCGGGAAGUUCACCGGGAAGACAACGUGUCUAAGGUCUAAAUGCGUGUAUGGAUCGGUUUCAAAGGAAGAUAGCGAUUAGGCUAUCCAAUAAUUUGAGCAAUGCUCACCAGAAAGUUGUGUGACAAUGUGCGUAAUUUGAUAAUGGUGUCGCUAAAUUCAUAGCUAGCUAGCUAAGUUACAUCGCUUGUUGAAGCAUGUCUAUGGACCUAACGUUCCUGGGCACGGGUUCAGCAUACCCGUCUCCACAUCGCGGAGCCUCAGCUCUAGUUCUCCGGACUGAGGGAGAUUGCUGGCUCUUCGAUUGCGGAGAAGGGACGCAAACACAGCUCAUGAAAAGCCAGCUGAAAGCCGGUCGGAUCAGCAAGGUGUUCAUCACUCACCUGCAUGGCGACCACCUCUUUGGGCUUCCGGGGCUGCUGUGCACCAUCAGUCUGAACCUCAGCCCCUCGCCCACCCAGCCCCCCGCUUGUGUGGACGUCUACGGCCCCCGGGGCCUCAGGCACUUCCUGCGCGUGGCCCUGAGUCUGUCCGGCUCCCAGCUGCUCUUCCCCUACGCCGUGCACGAGCUCCAGCCCACCGCGGACCAGUGUCCCCCCGAAAGCCAGCCGGCUGAUGCGCCGGAGGCUUCCGCCGCCGAGAGCUGGCACCCGCAGGAGCGCCCCGGUCGGACCAUCCCCCUGGACGUCGCCCGCGACUGCUACCCUCUCCUGGAGGACGAGCGAUUCGUGGUGGUGGCGUUCCGGCUGUUUCACCGCCUGCCGUCUUUCGGGUUCUCCGUGCAGGAACGAGACCGGCCGGGGCGGUUGAACACGCAGUUGUUGCGGGAUCUGGGCGUGAAGCCUGGGCCAGUGUAUGGACGACUGAAGAGCGGAGAGUCGGUAACACUGGAGAGUGGGCGGGUGGUGACCCCAGACGAGGUGCUGGAGGAAGCCAUCCCCGGGCGGAAGGUGUGCGUACUGGGAGACUGCAGCGCUCUGGUGGGCGAGGGCCCGCUGCAGGCCUGCCGGGGGGCGGACGUCCUGGUUCACGAGGCCACGCUGGGGGACGGGCACAGGGAGCGCGCGGUGGAGCACGGGCACAGCACGCCCAAAAUGGCCGCCGCCGUGGCCCGGGCCUGCCGGGCGCGUAAGCUGGUGCUCCACCACUUCAGCCAGCGCUACAAGCCCCUGAGCCUGGGCACGGAGGGCGCGGAGGAUGACGUGGCCGAGCUGAGGAGGCAGGCCGAGGAGGCGCUGCAGGACACGGGCACGGAGGUCGUGCUGGCGGACGACUUCCUCACCAUUCCCAUACCCAUCAAGAGGCUCCACUGACAGCAGCUUCUUUUGGCUUCCGUGGAGCGUAAAAAAGGCGCAGUGCAUCUUUAGCCCGCCGUCAAUGACCAGCACACGCAUAUGGUUUAAUCGGCUAAAGGAUUUCUCACUCUCUACCUCUGAAGCUGAAGCGGAGUGAAUGUUUUGGUGCAAAAUGGCUGCCAUGCAUCUCCCGGGGGUGCUUUAAUUGUGGAUAAGUGCUAUAUGAAUGCAAGACAUUGUUGUUAUUAUUAUUAUUAUUAUUAUUAUUAUACAGGGUGUUUUUACCUUCACCUUUCUAUUAGGACAGUCUGAUUAUUCAAAUUAAUUCUGUCAGUCAUUACUCGCCAAGUCAACCAAGAUGAUUUCUGGACCCUCAGAUUUUGCUCAGAAAGUUACAAAUAGUAGUGAUUUGUUGGAGGGUGAAACGGGCUAACAAUAUGGUGAAGCAUGAGUAAUAUUGUGAGCUGGGCUGUUGCAGGUGCCACGAAAGCUUGUUUUUGGAUCAGCCUUAAUGACUCGUUUUGACCUUGGGAGUGAUAAUCUGGCAGUGUUAUCUGUUUGCUGAAUGGACCCUAUGAAGAACCCAUUUACAUCUACUUUCAUGGACAAGCAGGCUUGUGUAGAGGGAGGCCAUUUUAAUUUGUAUCGUAAUGGAUUCCAGUACAUUGUCUUAAUUAAAAUGAAAUGUUUUGUGGAGAUCAAAAUGUAAUUUUUCUUCAUAAAAGUUGCUGUGCUGUACCCAUAAUAUUACAUACUGUAAUAUUACUGUACAGCUAUCUGGAAAUAUGUUUAGUGUAAAACAAUGGUACAAAAAUAAGAUUCACCAACGGUGUUUUCAAGGCAGAAACUCUUAUCAAGACCAGCUUAAAUUAUUUUAAAUAACAUCCAUUUGCAUAGAUGGAUAUUUCCCGUAGCAAUUCAGAUGCAGUGCCCUG